AGCGGCCUGAAGGCGGAAGUAAGACAAUCAACAACUGAACACGGAACAGCGAUUGACGUUAUCAGUAGUGUCUAGAAACAAACCGAUUCACAGGGAUUUAGUUUCGCAAAAUAUAAAACAAUAUGUCCGUAUUCGGCAAAUUGUUUGGCGGUGGGGGAAAAGGAGGCAAAGGCCCGAGCCCACAAGAAGCGAUUCAGAAACUCCGUGAGACAGAAGAGAUGUUAACCAAGAAACAAGAGUACUUAGAGCAAAAGAUUGGUGCGGAACUAAUAAUAGCAAAGAAAAACGGAACGAAAAACAAACGAGCUGCUUUACAGGCCCUGAAAAGAAAGAAGAGAUAUGAGAAGCAACUGGCUCAGAUAGACGGCACUCUCUCCACUAUUGAGUUCCAGCGGGAAGCAUUAGAGAAUGCUAAUACCAACACAGAGGUGCUUAAAAACAUGGGCUUUGCGGCCAAGGCAAUGAAGACGGCGCAUGAAAAUAUGGAUAUAGACAAAGUUGACGACCUCAUGCAGGACAUCACAGAACAGCAGGAGUUGGCACAGGAGAUUUCUGAUGCCAUUUCAAGGCCUGUAGGUUUUGGAGAAGAUUAUGAUGAGGAUGAGCUUUUGGCUGAAUUGGAGGAGUUGGAACAGGAGGAGCUGGACAAGAACCUGCUCGAAAUCGGUGGCACAGAGGAUGUCCCUCUGCCCAGUGUGCCUUCAAACCCAUUACCCAAGAAACCUGUUGCCCAAAAAAAGAGAGAAGAGGAGGAUGAGGAUGACAUGGAAGAACUCAAGGCAUGGGCCAUGUAAAUUUAGCCAAUCUGACAGGACGGACUCUCAUUGCUCAUCAUGGUUGGCCUGGGCAGGCAAACCUGAGAACCUGAAGAGGGUUAACACUACAAAACAAAUUCUCCCAUAGCUCUUGCAGUGUGACUAAAACAAGCCUAGAAAAACAAGAGUUGCAAACGAAAAAUGGAUAUGAAGCAGGUUAAUCGGACAAUAAAAUCUGAUGACAUAAUGUAUGAAGUGACCCUUAAAGGUUUGGUUUAGGUAAUGCAUUGGUGUUUCUAAUUUUCCUUCUUUUUUUGUUUUGUCAUGGAUAUCAGCAUGUUUGCCAGUACACAAGUUUCAUAUACAUGGUCAACACGCUGUCAUCUCAUCUGAUAUAUUAAAUAUAUUUUGUACUGUUGUUUGCUUCGAUCUUUGAUCUCAAUGUGUUCUUUUAAAAUGAUGUUUUUCAAACACUUCCAAUGGCAUAAACUUUUUUACAGUUUGUUGACAUGGUUUGGUAACAAAUAAAAAUUGAAAUAACUGGCGUUAGCUCCUAUAUAUAUAUAUACAUAAACAAAUUCUGACUGCCCAUCAUGUUUUGUUUGGUGCUGCAUCCAGAUAGAACCAGAUUUAAUAACGGAUCUUUCCUGUUGUACUCUUUUCAGGCCUGAUUUAUUGAUGUGCUGAGGGUGUAUCUGAUAGUAGAUGGUUGUAAUUAUAAAACUAUAUCACUUUUUUUUCCUCAUAUGGGAGCAUAUACUUUUUUGGAAAUGCAAAAAUGCUGUAUCUAUUCAGGUUGAGGCGUAUGUGUACAUUUGUAUGUUUAAAAAAAGUUCAGAUGGCUUUUAUUUGAGAGAUCAUUAAACUUUUGGAUUCCUUUUC